AUGGGCAUCCCUCCUGAAGCUGCCUGCUGGCUGAAGAGGACCUGGGCUCGUUGGACCCUGCCCAGACAGCAGCCUCAAGCUGGUCUGGGCGACCUCUCCUCUUCCUCGGUGCGCCCCCGGCUGGGCCGCUGGUCCCCACCUUCUUCCCCCCGCAUCCCGGGGCUUCCGGGAGCCGCCGCCCCGCAGGCCCGGCUCGGGCGCUGUCCGCCCCCCGCGCCCCCAGGCCGAGCCCUCGCCGGGGCGGGGCGGGGCGCGCGGAGGCGGGGGCGCGCUGGCGGCCGGGGAGGCGGCGGCGGCGGCGGCAGGCGGGCCGGGCGCGUGUCCGCGGUGCCCGUGACUCGGCGGCUCCGCAGCGGCUGCAGCGGGGAAGACCCGGCCGGGGCCGCCGGAGCCUCCGCCGCCGCCGCCGCCGCCGCCGCAGCAGCAGCAGCCGGGCGUCCCGGGACCCCCCCCUCCCCUCCGCGGGGAUGCCGAAGAACCGGGGCGGCCGCGCUGCACCGAGGCCGGCGUCACCGGUGCAGGCCCCGUGCCGGAGGCGCUGGCGGGCCCCUGGGACGACGACUGCUGCUGCUGCUGCUGCUGCCCGCGCUCUGCUGCCUCCCGGGAGCCGUGCGGGCGGCGGCGGCGGCGGGGACCGGCGGGGCGCGGGCGCGGGCGGCCGGGGCGGAGGCGUCCUUCGCCGGGCAGAACUGGUUGAAAUCAUACGGCUAUCUGCUUCCCUAUGAUUCACGGGCAUCGGCGUUGCAUUCAGGGAAGGCCUUACAGUCAGCAGUCUCCACUAUGCAGCAGUUUUACGGGAUCCCAGUCACCGGUGUCUUGGAUCAGACAACAAUAGAGUGGAUGAAGAAACCCCGGUGUGGUGUCCCCGAUCACCCCCACUUGAGCCGGAGGCGGAGAAACAAGCGCUAUGCCCUGACCGGACAGAAGUGGAGGCAAAAACACAUCACCUACAGCAUUCACAACUAUACCCCAAAGGUGGGGGAGCUGGAUACACGGAAAGCUAUCCGCCAGGCUUUUGACGUGUGGCAGAAGGUGACCCCGCUGACCUUCGAAGAAGUGCCAUACCAUGAGAUCAAAAGUGAUCGGAAGGAGGCAGACAUCAUGAUCUUCUUUGCUUCUGGUUUCCAUGGUGACAGCUCCCCAUUUGAUGGAGAAGGGGGAUUCCUAGCCCAUGCCUACUUUCCUGGCCCAGGAAUUGGAGGAGACACUCACUUUGACUCAGAUGAACCGUGGACACUAGGAAAUGCCAACCAUGAUGGAAACGACCUCUUCCUGGUGGCUGUGCAUGAGCUGGGCCACGCGCUGGGACUGGAGCACUCCAAUGACCCGAGUGCCAUCAUGGCGCCCUUCUACCAGUACAUGGAGACGCACAACUUCAAGCUGCCCCAGGACGAUCUCCAGGGCAUCCAGAAGAUCUACGGACCCCCAGCUGAGCCUCUGGAGCCCACAAGGCCUCUCCCUACACUCCCAGUCCGCAGGAUCCACUCACCGUCUGAGAGGAAGCAUGAGCGCCAGCCCAGGCCCCCUCGGCCACCUCUCGGGGACCGGCCAUCCACUCCAGGUGCCAAACCCAACAUCUGUGAUGGCAACUUCAACACAGUGGCCCUCUUCCGGGGCGAGAUGUUUGUGUUUAAGGAUCGCUGGUUCUGGCGCCUGCGCAAUAACCGGGUGCAGGAGGGCUACCCCAUGCAGAUUGAGCAGUUCUGGAAGGGCCUGCCCGCCCGCAUCGAUGCAGCCUAUGAGAGGGCUGAUGGGAGAUUUGUCUUCUUCAAAGGUGACAAGUACUGGGUGUUUAAAGAGGUGACGGUGGAGCCUGGCUACCCCCACAGCUUGGGAGAGCUGGGUAGCUGCCUGCCCCGCGAAGGCAUCGACACAGCUCUGCGCUGGGAACCUGUGGGCAAGACCUACUUUUUCAAAGGUGAACGGUACUGGCGCUACAGUGAGGAGCGGCGGGCCACAGACCCUGGCUACCCCAAGCCCAUCACUGUGUGGAAGGGCAUCCCACAGGCUCCCCAGGGGGCCUUCAUCAGCAAGGAAGGAUAUUACACCUACUUCUAUAAGGGCCGGGACUACUGGAAGUUUGACAACCAGAAACUGAGCGUGGAGCCAGGCUACCCACGCAACAUCCUGCGUGACUGGAUGGGCUGCAACCAGAAGGAGGUAGAGCGGCGCAAGGAGAGGCGAUUGCCCCAGGAUGAUGUGGACAUCAUGGUGACCAUCAACGAUGUGCCAGGCUCCGUGAACGCGGUGGCCGUGGUCAUCCCCUGCAUCCUGUCCCUCUGCAUCCUGGUGCUGGUCUACACUAUCUUCCAGUUCAAGAACAAGGCAGGCCCUCAGCCUGUCUCCUACUAUAAGCGGCCAGUCCAGGAGUGGGUGUGAGCAGCUGAGAGCCCUCUCUGUCUACCCGGCCUGGCCAGCCAGGCCCUGCCUCAUCAGGGUCUGAGGAGCAACUCUGGCCAUGCCUACCAGGGCCAGCAGGGCCCUAGGCCAGGGUCAUAUAGCUGAAGUGGUGGAUGCAUUGGCCUAGGCUGAGAGCGGGGCAGGGAGUGAUGGUGGCUGUGCCCUGGGGUGGAUGUUUGGUACCCAGCUUCCAGCCUUUCUGUCCUGGGGCAAACUACUGUCUACUCAAGGGAAAAGGCCCAGUCCUAUCAGGAGGCAGGGAUCAUGCCAGGAGCCCCUGUGGUCACUGCGUCCUGUGGUGUUCCUGAGGAACCACAGCUCUAGUCCUGGCUGGAACCCAGCACCCUCUGUGGCAAGCCAGCACUAGCUCUAGCUCCCCUGGGAGAUGCCACCAGUCUCAGUCCCCUUCUGCCAACACCUGCUGGUCAGAUGUCCCCCUCACCCCGACCCCACUGUCCUCCAAGGCUACAGGACCCCUGUUGUCAACACAGUGGGCAUCGAGUCUGGGUUCCCCCUGUUAGCGAACAGCGGAGCCCUCAGGAAACCUGCUCCACUUGCCAGGUCUCCUCUAAGACCCAGGAUUUAGGGUCACAUGCUGCAGGCAGGGCUGUGGCCCAUCUAGGUCUCACAAGGACCCAGCUGUCAUGUCGUGAUAUUUAAAUGUCCUGUCACUACUGUUUAAAGUCCCAUUUUUGCAAAGGCUGCUUGAGGCUUUAGGUGAAUUAGAGGUGACUGUCUUGGUGAUGAGGCCAGUGUGGUGGCCCUCCCCCAGGCGAUAAGGACCAAGGUGCUGCUAAGGCCACUCUAGCAUCCUGACACUAGCUGGGACUCUGUUCUUCAUAAGGCUCAAGAGCUGGGGCAGGAGCUGACCCUGGCUCUGGAGGCCAAGCCGAGUUUGUGACCAUCCUCCACUCCCCUUCCAUUAAUCGGGUCCCCAGCCCUGCUCCUGUCCCUUGUGGCCUGGGGGCUCCGCCUCACUAGUUAGGUGAAGCAGAAAUCGCUCUCGGGCCACCACUGUCAUGGCCUCAGAAUACGGGCACCAGAGCAACCUUCUGGAGUGCCCCCAGUGACCCUGAGGCAACUAAAUCUCUCAGCCUGGAGAGUGUUUGUGCCCCAGUCCUGGCCCUGGCAGUCCAGCUCACUGGGCGCAUUUUCCUUAGGAAAAGGGUUCCGCCAUCUGGUAGCAGCCCCAAGCCCAGGCAUCUUUAUGAUGUCCAGACCCCUUCACUUCCGGAAGGAGCUGCUAGGCCUUGGCUUCACUUGCUCCAGUCUAGCAGACAUCCCUGCUCAUCACUGAGGAACCCUGGGCAAAACCAGUGGGUGCACUGAUGCUCACUGGCCUCUGCCAAAGCCCAGAAGUGGUGUCAGGCAGUUUUCAGGGUCCUGGCAGGGACUCAGAUGCCACCCAUGCCCACUGAGGCUCAUGGGCCUUGUUCCCACCCUGUGACCUCUGGGCUUUGUCCCUGCAGCAUAGACAGGGACUCCCGCUGCCCUAGGAAUGUCUUGUCCCAGAGGCACCUCUAAGGGUCCAGUGUCCUCUGUCGUCACGGUCACCAUCCUGUUUUUUCUCAUUUUGGCCAAGGGCAGGCUCCCUGGGGCAGGCGGGGAACAACUGCUGAGAUAUUAGUGACGAUUCAUAAGUUUGUACAGUGUUUUAUACUUUGCAAAGCACUUUAUUAGCUCACACCUGUCCACUCACACGAAACCUGCAGUAGGCCCUGGGAGACCAAGGGUGACGCCCAUUGUGCUGUGCCCUCAGACAGAGCCCAGAGAGGUUUUCUUAACACGCUCCCGCCAUCGUGUGGCCUGGCUGGGUCUUGCUGGGUCCCCAUCUGUGGGCCUCUCUAGGGUCUGAGAUAAGUGUCUCUUUUUGUUCCUCUCUUCCUGGCCUCCCUCCCCCACUUCCUGGUCCCUCUCCUCAGGUUGGUGCUCUCACUUCUUGAAAGCUCUAGGCUCCCUGUUGGCUCCUGGGACUCCAAGGCCAGCUGAGAAAGAGCAGGAGAUGGAGGCAGGCAGCCCAGGCUGCAGACGUGAGGGAUGCAGGGCCGGGCCCGGAGAGGGCUCAGCCUAGAGGCUUCCGAUCUUGGAUUCUCCUGCCUGUGGUCAUCUGUUUGUCCAUCACCCCCGCCCCCAGGUCAGGGCAGUCAGACAGAGGGGCAAAACCCUGGGGGCCCCAGAGCUCAGCCUCCCCUCAGCCUGGGGGACAAUCACUGCAUUUCAGUGUCGGUCACAUUUUAAACUGAUCAGCCUUUGUAUAAUGUUUUUUAAAUCAUUUCUAAAUAAAACAGAAACACA